UUAAACGAGACAAAUAAGAAAAAAAACAAGAAAAGGAAACACACACACACACACACACACACACACACACACACACACACACACACACACACAUACAAUGGAAGCUUUAUUAAGGUCACAAAGAUUGGUCCGGUCCACUUAUCCGCUUCUGAAACCCUGGUUGAGACUGUACCCUGCCACCCCUGCCACUCCUGCCGCCGCCAGCCCCGCCCCUGCCCCGGCCAGCUCCCACGCCCACCAGCAACAGCCCAGGGAGAAGAAUGUGAUAUACAGCCCUCUUCCCCGUCUCCCCUCCCCAACGUGGACCUCGCCCAUUUGAUGUAUGAGAAAAUGCAGAGAUGGAGACACCUGGACGCUACGGAAUGCUCGGUAACAGGGAGGAAAUACACAUACGGGGAGGUGAUGGAUUUGGCCUUAAGGUUUGGAGGGAUUGUCAACGCCUUCCUGCCUCCUCCUUCCUCCUCAGCCCCGCCGCAAGACAAGAUCAGAACCGUUGCUAUCUUCUCGCAAAAUUGCCCUGAGUUUCCUAUUUUCUUGCUGGGUUCUUUGGCGUGUGGGGCGACUCUGGCUACUGUUAACUCCAACUAUACUGCAGCUGAGGUGGCGAGGCAGUUGGCGCACAGUGAGGCACAGUUGGUGGUGACAGACCCAAUGCUGGAAGGCGUGGUGGGGGAGGCCCUGGUGAAGCUGGGGAAGGACCUGCCUGUCUUGGUGAAUGGUGCGUCUCAGCGGGGCUAUGCUAAUGUGACAGAGAUGCUUGGUGACUCAGCCAGGCCCUACUGUGAGCUGGUGCAGUCGCACCCGGAGGACAUGGCGGUGAUGCUCUUCUCCAGCGGCACCACGGGACCUCCCAAGGGCGUGCAGCUUUCCCACAGGGCCUUCACCUCCAACCUGACCUUCUUCACCAACCCAAAAUCUUCCCUUACCAUCCUGCGAAGGGUAAGUGAGGGGGAGGCACAGGAGGUAGUGACUGGUGUAAUGCCGUACUAUCACAUCUACGGCUUGUACGUGGUGACCCUCUUGAGCUUACAUCAGGGAGCCAAAGUCGUCUCGUUCCCUGCCUUCGAUCCUAUCAACUUCGUCAGAGUCAUACGAGAACAGAAGGUUGGCAUCCUCCACUUGGUUCCUCCAAUGUUGAAUUUCCUGACAGUGAGUGACAAGGUAACAUCGAAGGACCUUGUUAGUGUGAGGGGCGCCAUGUGUGCUGCCGCCCCAGUGCCUUCGACGACCGCCAAGCUCUUCAAGGACAAAGCGCCCAACCCUGUCAUAUUCCAGGAAGGUUUCGGCAUGACUGAGACUCUGGGCAGCCACAUGACGCCCCUGGAUGAUGAAAGGCUCGGCUACUGUGGGAAGGUGGUGCCCAAUGUGAUGGCGAAGGUUAUUAACGCCGAGGGAGAAGCCUUGCCGGAGGGGGAAAGAGGAGAGCUGUGUAUCAAGACUCCCUCGGUAAUGACGGGAUAUUACAAGAACCCAAAAGUCACAGCGCAGACAAUUGACAGUGAGGGGUGGCUACACACUGGCGACGUGGCGAUUCACACUGAUGGUUUCUUCAGUAUCGUGGACAGGCUGAAGGAACUAAUUAAGGUGAAAGGUUUCCAGGUCUCUCCCUCUGAACUGGAAGACGUUUUGUUGGAACACGAAGGGGUGGCGGACGUAGCGGUCAUUGGUGUACCCGACGACCGCGCAGGUGAACUCCCUCGCGCCUAUAUCGUUCGCUCCUCCUCCUCGUGCAGCGAAGAGGACAUACACAAGUUCAUGAAGGAGAGAGCGGCGGAGUUUAAGCAGCUAAAAGGGGGCGUGCGAUUCCUUGAUGCGCUGCCGAAGAAUCAGACUGGGAAGAUUUUGAAGAGAGAGUUGCAGGAGAUAGCGGCUAAGGAAGGAUAAAUCUCUCUCUUUCUCUUUCUCUCUCUCUCAUCGUUUUUCCUCCUCCUUUGUAGUAAUAAUAAGCA